AUGGUUCUGCUAAUUGAAUUGUUAUACAGGUUUGACACGUAUCUCACAAGUCGUCUAGAGGCAAAUUCUUUUACUUCCAAUUUGUUGAUAACUCCGACUUCGAAAUUCAUAACUGAGAUUCUUGUUUUGACAUUUAUUGGUCUUUUGAGUUAUGAGAUCAUUUAUUGGAGUGGUAUAUAUUUGAAUUUGUGGGAAUAUCAUGCGAAAGAUGUCUUCACUGAGGUGCCUAUUCAUUGUGCCCACGUCAAUAUACGAUUGAACAUCAUAGAUCGCACAAAUGAAGUGCGAUUAAAGGAAUAUUAUGACAUCAAGAAUAAGUCACGAUACCACAAUCUUUUGUAUUGGAAACAAUUGAGUGACUUGAAUGCCAACUUGUUUAGGCUAAACAAGUUUGUAAAGUAUUAUUUUGAAUUUAGUCCUGAUGAUUUUGAAAUGAAUAAAGAGCCCGAGUUUGGCUCUACAAUACUGCAUUUGAGAAACAAGAUUUUAAAAUUGUUCAAUGAGUCGGAACUCUAUAGAGACUACGAAAGAGAUGAUGUUGUACCCAAUGAUGUCAAAAUUUUCAAUAAUCAAUAUAAAGAGGUGCUGAUAGGUGAAAACGAGAAUUACUUGAGCAAGUGCAACAUUGAAACAGGAAACACCAUUGAUGCCAUUGUUGUAUUGUAA